GGCUUGACCGCGCUGCUGCUGUGGGCGCCGUGGCACCCGCCGAGCGUGCACCUGACCAAGGUUCUGGACGCGAUCGCGGCGGAGCAGAAGUCCGUGCGGUUCGGCAAAGCGAACACGGACGUCUGCGCCAGCCUGGCCACCUCCCUUGGGGCCAGCCAGGUGCCCUUCGCGGCCUUCUUCGACCCGAGGGGCAGGAAGGUGGACUCCCUCGCGGGGGCGGACCCGCCGAGGCUGCUGGAGAAGGCGAAGGCCCUGGCAACCAGGCCCUUCGUUCAGGAGGACGCCGGCGGCGGCGAGGUCGAGGCGGGCGACCUGCACUCCAGGAGGGCGCCCGCCGCCGCAGGAGCUGGCCGAAUAAGGGCGCUGCUCUGCUGCGGCAGCAAGCUGAGCAAGGGCGCCGACCUGUACUGGUCGGCUCCAGGUGUGCGGUGCCUGGUAAUUCCGUGCACGGCCGCGCAAGGAGAGGCGGACUGGGCCAGGGGUGUGGGCCUCGGCGCCGCCGCGGAGGGCGGAGAUGUGCUGGCCGACCUCGUCAGCUCGUUGAAUUAA